UACCUUUCUCUAGCACUGACAAGUUCUGAAAUGCCAAAUUCCAGUCUAUUAUUGAAUUUUAUAGCCUUGACAUCCCUGAUGAUUGGACUAAUACUGCUCGACUUACAAUCAUUUUUCGUUUACGUCACCAUAUCAAUUAAGACGUAGAAAUAGAAGAAGAGCGAUAGUGCAGACGGUUUAGAGGAGGGAAGGGGUCCGAAUGUGCCAUAACCACCUAUAAAACACACCAAGUGAUAUUAGAACGGCGUCACUAACUAACAGACCUGAGUAAAAUCAUCUUUUACUCAUUCGAAUCGACAUGAAACCGUUUGUGUUCGUCACCGCUCUAGUGGCCGUGGUUUCGGCUCGCCCUGAGCCUCCUUCAGGUUACAGCUACUCUGCACCUGCUCCAGUCGCUGCUCCAUCUUCUCAAUACGGAGCUCCCUCAGGUCUUUCAGGAGGCUUCAGCGGACAGGCUUCAGGACUCAGCAGCCACUCUGCCGGAGGAUUCAGCGGACAGUCCGCCGGGGGCUUUAGCGGACUCUCCAGCGGCGGAUUCGGUGGACAAGGUGCGGCCAGCUUCGGCCAGUCCAGCUUCAGAAGCAGCGGGGGAUUUGGCGCAUCUGCUGGAGGCAGUGACUUCGGAUUCGGAGGUGGAUUUUCAUCCGCUCCAGCCCCUGCUACGGUCCACAAGCACGUCUACGUCCACGUAGCCCCUGAGGAACCGGAAGAGCGUCGUCCCCAGAGGCCCUUGAGCGUGCCAGCUGCCCAGAAGCACUACAAGAUCAUCUUUAUCAAGGCUCCGACUGCUCCGACCCCAACUGCUCCAGUUAUCCCUGUCCAGCCCCAGAACGAGGAGAAAACCUUGGUGUACGUCUUGGUCAAGAAACCAGAAGACGCCCCAGAAAUCAACAUCCCCACCCCCGCUCCCACUCAGCCUUCAAAACCAGAAGUCUACUUCAUCAAGUACAACACCAGGAAGGAAGCCGGUGGUGCUGGUGCUGGUUUUGGUGGUACUGGAGCUGGUCAAGACGUGGGAGGUGGUGAUUCCAGUCUGGACAGCGUGAGUAUCGAAGCUAACUCUGCUCGGGGAUCUGGAGGAUUCAGUGGACAAGCUCAAGGCGGAUUAAGCGAAGGUUUGAGCGGUGGUGCUUCGGCUUCUGCAGGAGUAUCUGCUAAGUACGGACCCCCUGGAUACCAACAUUAAGUGGAACAUAAUAAGAGGUGGUCUUUUUGAGCUUGAAAAAUGAUAGCGAGUUUGUAUUUACCAGACCAAGUGCCAUUGUCACUAUGUUGUGACUUUUAAAAACCUCAAUUCCAUAUAGGCUCUACCACGGUCAUGAUUUAGUUUAUAGGAUCUCUUGAAACCGAACUAGCUAAAGAAAAAAUAAAUAAUAAUUGAUCUGAUUCAACUGCUGUUGAAAGAAUGUUAUGCAUUAGGUUUAUAUAUUUCAAAGAAAAUGUGAUAUUUUGAUUGUUAUACAGCCAAUCAGCAAUGCGAAUACAAUUUUUAAUCCACAAAAUCUUAUAAAAAAAGUUCAAGACUAACAAAAUGUUCGGACGAUGAGGUUGAAUUAUAAAAUUUGAAUACUUUAUAAAGAAACGUCUUGGUAUUUCAAACGUGCUAUUGGUUCGAGCUUUCCAAGAUUAACAAGAUCGCCACAAAGUAAGACAAUUUAAACUACUUGAAACAAAAGAAGAAAUACGGGUCAAUAAAGUCAAUGUUGUUGUGAUGUUGGAAUGUAUCGUGAUCUUAAAAAGAGAUGUGAUAUUUGCACUCAGUUAGCACUUGUAUAUAAAUGCUCACAUGUUAGGUUUAAGUAUCCUCCAUACCAUAUUGUGUAUCACAUUCAUGUAUGUAUUUACUUUUUAUAUAAACGAUUUAGCUUUAAAAACGGUGACAAAUUAUAUAUUUUUUUACGAACAAA